UAAAAGCAGGGUUCAGCUGGCAGAGAGUUGGGGUAAUUUUCAUGUUCCUUCCCGGCGGGUGGUGUGCGGAACCUGAGAGGACUUGGUUUAUCGAAGCGGCACGCCAAGAAAGCUUUUCCUCAGGACACCUCGUGGUUCAGAUCAGCCACCUUUUAAAACACUAAGCAGCCCUCCCUGCCUUAACACCUGCCAACUCUUCACUGUAACCAAGCCAACCUAAAGCCUUCAAAAUGAUGCAGAUCAGCAGCGACUCCGCCAGCAACAAGCACUCCCUCAUCAACGUCAUGCACCGCUUCAUUGCAGCUGCCAACAACAUGGACGAGACCAUCAUGGUGCCCAGCCUGCUGCGAGACAUGCCCCUGGAGGAGCAGGCGGCCAGCGAGGUGGAAGCCAACAAUAAUAACAGUGAACCAACGUGUCCUAACAAGCAGAGGGACAUGUACGAGCACUACCUGCUCCUCAAGUCCAUAAAGAACGACAUGGAGUGGGGUCUCCUGAAGAGGGAGAUGAGCAGCGGCGCCAGCUUCCUGGAGAUGGCGGUGAAGCAGGAGGAGCAGCAGCCGGUCACCGGGGAUCUGCUCCCAGACGACCACUCGGACCUGGAGCAUCAGUUUCAUUAUCACCUCAGAGGACUGUUUGGAGUUCUGUCAAAGCUCACAAUGCAAGCAGACCACCUCACCAACAGGUACAAGAGAGAAAUCGGAGGAGGAAACUUCAUGAGAUAGAAGCCCUACCCCGCUCCUCCAUCCUGACUGCUUGACUUGCAACCAUGGGAUGUGUUGAAGGGCCCCAUCUCUUCAUCAUGGAUCUCAAUGGACAGUGAACUGACCAGGGCAACCACUUUGUGACUUCUCACUCCUGUGUAGCGACACUCCCUUACCCCCCCCCCCCCCCCGUCAUAUCUGAAACCAGUGACGCCUGCACACGUCUAACUGCAUCUGUUUCAGUGCAGUGGUUGACGUUUUGUGCUUGGUGGAGGUUGAUUGAAUCCAUACCCAGGUCCAAAUGAAGCACAGCUUUGGUUUAUGCAGAAAUGCACCCUCCCUUUUUUUUUUUUUUUUUUUUUUCCCCCUUGUUUAUUCAUUUCAAAUUUGUCACCAGAUCGAUGUAUCUGAUUGUGAAUAAAAGGUCUGACUGUAGGAGAUAUUGAAUGCUGGUUAUUCUGUCCCUCCUUCAAAAAAUAUAUAAUUAUUUUAAUGCUGAGCUGAAGGGCUCUUACCUGCAGAGGUUUUAAAUCUUUCCAUUUGGUGUUACUGUAACAUGGUGUGCCUUGACUUUUUUUGUAUAGCCCUCAUGCCCUGUUCAGUUAACUCCCCAUUGCUUGUCUGCUUACAUGGUUCAUAGUGUUUAUGACGAAAUGGCUCAUUUGUUUGUCCUUGAAUAUUUCAAAAACCAAUUUUAUAUUGAAGCAGAAAUGCAGUAAAAGCGAAAUAAAUAAUUGGAUACUU